GAAGUGUAAACAGCGUUUGUAGAUUUUUCGCUCUAGUUCGAUUGUGAUGUGUCGUGUCAGAGGUCUGUAAAAAUUCGUGAAAAUUGUUGAUUCCAUUCCAGAAAACCGAUCGCAAUGGAACCGAGUGUGGACGAUCUGCUGUCCUUCAAGGAGUUUCCCCUGAUACAGGAGGGAAACUCCAACAGCGCCCAGCUAAAUAUCGAUUCACCGAAAAAGGUGUCCCCCAGCCGUGAGACCGACAGUACAUCAGAAGAAACUGAUACUCCCAAAAGCUCAUCGUUCUUUACGUUCGAGUACUACCAGAAGUUUUUCGAUGUCGAUACUAUGAUGGUAGUGGAUCGAAUAGCCACGUCAAUCAUUCCGAAGCGGGCACCGACGGAUUACCUGAAGCUCAACAUCGGUACCAAUCCGGAUCUGUACGGGCCCGUGUGGAUCGUCAUCACUUUGAUUUUCUCGAUUGCCAUCUCGGGAAACAUGGCCAGCUACUUGCAGAAUGCUGGAAACCACCAAUGGCGGUAUGAUUUUCACUUGGUCUCAGUCUCGGCAACGGUUAUAAUACUGUACACUUGUCUGGUGCCGUUUGGUCUGUGGGCUCUGCUCAAGUGGAGCAUUCGACCGGAUGAGAUGGAUUUGGAAGAGCAAUUACCCUACACUCCGUCACUUUUGUCCCUAAUUUGCGUUUACGGGUACUCUAUGGCCAUCUACAUCCCUGUUUCGGUACUGUGGACCAUUCAGGUUCCCCUCUUUCAAUGGCUUCUGGUUGCCACUGGAACAUUCCUGUCCGGUUUCGCUUUGGUUUGGAUUCUGAUGCCAGCGAUCAAAACGUCCAAAUAUUCCCUCUUCAUUACGCCCAUUAUUGGGUUGAUUCAUUUCAUUCUGGCUACCGGAUUUAUGCUGGCCUAUUUCCGUCCAGCGGACACGCAUGAAAGUGUGGCAACAGCCAAGCUGGUGGAACAGGUGAAGGCUACGGUUGCUGCCGUCGUUGCCCACAAGAAUGCUACCCAAUAGAAUGUGAAAGGUGUGGUUAAAUUUGUUUCUAAGUCAUUUACAAAUAGAAUAAAUCUAUGCUUAAUCAAUAGCUAAAUUCGAUCAAUCGA